UCGUAAUGACGCUUCUUGAGCGUUCCCAUGGAAACAGGAGGGAGACUUGACUUAGCGGCUUUUGGAAUGUUUUCUUUAAAGUUACUCCCCGCGCGAAUUUACACCAUUUAACGCCCGGUAAAGUGUGUGGCUUGCGUAUUCCAGAAACAGUUUAAAUCAGAAGGUACAACUAACUAACUGACUUCACUGCAUGAAACGUUUUUAGUGAUAAAACGAGUGUAGACAGGCCUUUUCUUGUAGUUAGCGAGCUAACCUGCUAAUCAGAAUGACCCAACAAGGAGCUGCCCUGCAAACCUACAACAACGAGCUUGUCAAAUGUAUAGAGGAGCUGUGCUCUAAAAGAGAAGACCUGAACCGGCUGAUCCAGCAGGAGGAAGCAGAGAAAACUCGCCUGCAGCAUGACAUCCGUGUGCUGACAGAGAAGCUGAGUCGUGUGAACGAGAGCCUGGCACGCCGCCUCAGCGCCCGCGCUGACUUUGACCGCACCAUCGCAGAGACAGAGGCUGCAUACAUGAAGAUUCUCGAAAGCUCUCAGACACUGUUGAGCGUUUUGAAGAAGGAAACGGGGAAUCUGACCAAAGCCACUGAACCAAGAAGCAGCAAAGAUCAUUGAUUAAUACUGAAUGUUCCCAUUCACUCAGUCCUUUCAUUUGUCUAUAUUCCAUUCAUCUCCUCUCUUCCGUCUUCUUUCAUCUUUACCAGCAUUCCCUCUUUUAAUGACCACACAAAAUAAGAAUGUAACUUCUCAUUCCUAUCAGGAAGCUGUGUAUGUAAUGUGUAUAGAUUUGUAAUGUUUUGAUGAUUAGUGUUUAAUGUAAUGCUUUUAUUUAAAUCUAAUGUUUUAAUAAAGAUAACUUGUUAAUUUGA